ACAUGAGGGCCUAUUGAAGUGAAGAAAAUGGAGGAAGUGAGAGAGGAGCGAACACAUACACACUCAGUUCCCGAAGACGAGGAUGGUCCACCGAUGCUGAGCGCUGAAGCUCUGGAAGCGCUCAAAGACUUCCUCUCCGAUCAAAAUCGUAAUGGAGAGGAGGAGGAGGAGGUGGCGUUGUUGGCGGAGGACUGGAGGCUGAGCCAGUUCUGGUACGAUCGCCACACCGCCGAGACCGUUGCCAAAGAAGUUCUCUCCCUCUGCGACUCCCUCCAAUCUCCUUCUGUAGCUUGUAUCGCUUGCCCUACUCUCUACGCCUAUCUCAAGAAAAUUGAUCCUAAUGUAUCUCUCAAACUUCUCGAGUAUGACAAACGUUUUGAGCAAUAUGGAGGUGAGUUCACAUUCUAUGAUUACAAUCAACCAGAACAGCUUCCAUCAUCCUUGAAGAAUGCAUAUCAGAUCAUUGUUGCAGAUCCUCCUUACCUGAGCAAAGAAUGCUUGGAGAAGGUUACUCAAACAAUUUCUUUUCUUGUGCAACCAGGAAACGUUUACUUGCUUUUACUCACAGGGGAAGUGCAAAAAGAUAGAGCAGCAGAGCUCCUCGGUUUGCAUCCAUGUGGUUUUCGGCCUCAGCACUCUAGCAAACUUGGCAAUGAGUUUCGUCUGUUCACAAACUAUGACCCUGGGAUGAGAUUAGGAGGGUGGGAGCCGGACCAGUAGAGUUGCCUUGGGGUCCCUAAGUCUGAAAUAUUUCAUUACUAACUUUUUUUUGUAAUAUUACUUGUUUAAAAAAAAAUUCCAACUUUCCAUUGGCAAAAUUUGAGAUGGUAUGAGUGAGUUUGUUUGUGCUUAUUGCAUUAAUGAAAAUGAGAAUUUGUUAUGUUUCUAAA